UGGCGCGCAGCUCGCGCGAGUAAACGCUUCCCGCCGAAACGAGGUUCGAAUUCCGAACGCCUGUCAUUUUUAUUUUUCACGCGCGUGUCAACGGCCAGUGUUUUCCAGAGUGCAUCGAUUCGGUUUGAAUCGAUUAUAAUUUGUUGGUGUUGUGAAUAAUGUGAUAAAAAACAGUUGUGAUCGUUAGAAAAAGACUGUUCCAGGAUUUUUUGUAAUAUUUAAUGUAUUAUUCAUGAAAUGGGGGAUUCUAGAAGAAGGACCUUCAUCAACACAGUUUUGAAAAUGAAUAUCACAACAUGGCUAUCAUUAGUCAUAGCCGUCAUCGCCCUAGCAACACCAGCACAAUCGGCCGAGCCUCGAGUGGUGUGUUACUACACCAACUGGUCGGUGUACCGGCCCGGCACGGCGCGGUUCAACCCGCAGAACAUCAACCCCUAUCUCUGCACCCAUCUGGUCUACGCCUUCGGGGGUUUCACCAAGGACAACACGCUCAAACCCUUCGAUAAGUACCAGGAUAUUGAGAAAGGUGGCUACGCCAAGUUCACUGGACUGAAAACGUACAACAAGAACCUGAAGACCCUUUUGGCCAUCGGAGGCUGGAAUGAAGGCUCCACGCGCUUCUCACCCAUGGUCGCUUCGCGCGAGCGGAGGAAGGAAUUCGUCAGGAACGCCAUUAAGUUCCUCAGGCAGAACCACUUCGACGGUCUAGACCUGGAUUGGGAGUACCCAGCCUUCCGCGACGGAGGCAAGCCGAAAGACCGGGAGAACUACGCCAAGCUCGUGAAGGAAUUACGUGAGGAGUUCGAGAAGGAAUCCCAGAAGACUGGCAAACCUCGUCUGCUGCUGACCAUGGCGGUGCCGGCUGGUAUUGAGUACAUACAGAAGGGAUUCGACGUGCAGACUCUUAACCAAUACCUGGACUGGAUGAACCUGCUGACCUACGACUACCACUCGGCCUUCGAACCAGCAGUCAACCACCACGCGCCGCUCUACCCUCUUGAGGAGCCCAAUGAGUACAGCGUUGAUAACGAGCUUAACAUCGAUUACACAAUCAAAUUCUACCUCGAGAACGGAGCGGACCGCGACAAGUUGGUGCUUGGUAUCCCGACUUAUGGACGGUCGUACACGCUGUUCAACCCUGAUGCUGUGGAGAUUGGAGCCCCUGCUGAUGGUCCUGGCGAACAGGGAGACGCCACUAGGGAAAAGGGAUACCUGGCUUAUUACGAGAUCUGCGAAUCCCUCAAGUCCAAACCGAACAAAAAGCGGAGUACAUCUGACGAGGAAUCUGAGGAAUAUUCGGAAGAAGAGGAGGAGGACUGGACUGUGAUGCACCCGAACCCCAAAGCCAUGGGUCCCGUGGCCUACAAGGGCAACCAGUGGGUCGGCUAUGAUGACAUCGAUAUUGUGAAGAAGAAGGCGGAGUAUGUCGCUGAGAACGGACUUGGAGGUAUUAUGUUCUGGUCGAUCGACAACGACGAUUUCCGCGGCAACUGCCACGACAAGCCCUACCCGCUCAUCGAAGCUGCGAAGGAGGCGUACAUUGUUAAACUUGGAGCGACAGACAACUCCAUCGUAACAGACCGGCCACAGUCAGCCACCCGCGCCAGCAGCAGAAGGAGGAACAGGCCUCGCGUCACCAGCACCACCACCACCACCACCGCCAGACCUUCUUCUUCCAGGACUAAGAGCAGCAAGCGCAAGCCUUCACCAAGCGUGGUGAGCACGACACCCACCUGGAAUAUCGCCACCCCUGAGCCGCCCACCACGCCCGAUCCAGGAGCAGACUUCAAGUGCACAGACGAAGGUUUCUUCCAACACCCGCGUGACUGCAAGAAGUACUUCUGGUGUUUGGACUCUGGACCCUCGAACCUGGGCAUCGUGGCCCACCAGUUCACUUGUCCUUCAGGUCUAUUCUUCAACAAGGCCGCCGACUCGUGCGACUUCGCCCGCAACGUGCUCUGCAAGAAGCCAGCGGCCACCACCAAGGCACCCGCCACCAAAGCCCCGUCCACCACCACAACCACAGCCGCCCCCACCACCACGAGGAAGUCCAUCAAGCUUAGUACCAGGAACUCGCUGCUGUUCAGGACUACUACCACGACUACUACUACUCCUGAGCCUGAGAGUGAAGAAGAGUAUGAAGAAGAUGUCGCAGAAGAUAACGCUGACAUUGAGGCUGAAGACCCGAGGGUUAUCAAGGAGUUGAUUGACUUGAUUAAGAAAGUUGGUGGAGUGGAACAACUAGAAAAGCACUUACAUUUCGGAGAGACAUCCGCUAGUACCGACGGCGCAAUCACCACCACGCCAUCCUCAUUCAACAAGAAGCUCUACCAGAAAGUCUUAGAGAGAACGAGGGGCAAGAGCAAGUUUGGUAGCAACAGUAUAUCCGAUUCUGGAACAGCCCAAAACAGCCGAAGAGGACCUCAGAAUGCUGGUUUGGAACCGACAGCCGACAAAGACAAGCUAUUGAGAAAAGAUCGUCCACAAUACACAACAAUCAACCGGUCGCGGCCAUCGACAACUGCAGCCCCAGAGCCUCAAGAGGAUAGUGACGAGAGCGAAGAUGAGAUCGAAGAGCCACCACAGCAGCUGUCUCGAGCCCGUACAGUGGAGGAAGACAUCUACGUGAAAACUUCUGCGAAGCCGCUUCAAUAUGUUAAUAUCCGUCGGGCGAGGCCUACAACAACAUCAACUUCCGACACCGCUGAUGAUACUGCUUCAAGAAACGCACUGUUUGAACGAGUUGAAAAUUAUGUCUCGGUUUCCGAGACACCAAACACACUGGAUAUCCUGAGCGCGAGACGAGAAAAUGUACCUGAGUAUGUCACUAUUAGAAGGCAAAGACCGACAACAGAAGAAACUACCACUGCACAGUACGAGAAUACUCAGCAAGAGGUAGAAACUCAGAACACUGCGCUUGAAAGAGAAAUCUCGACUCAGCCUCAGUACACGUCAAUCGUGAGAGUACGCUCCACUACUGAAGCUACCAUCGAAGAACCGAGCAGUCCUGAACCUACCACUAUUCUUGCCGUCCAAAUAUCUUCCUUACUAAACUCGCCCAGUUCAGCUGAAGAUGAACUGGAAACUUCUCCUGCCGAUGAAGAGAUUACGGAAGCUGCUACGACUACAACGACCACGACUUCGAGACCUACUACUACUACGACUUCAGCGCCCUCUAGCGCGCCAACCCGACGCACAGUUCUACGCAGACGAGGCUCCACCUCAACCACCACCACCAGGCCAGCGCCAUCUACGUCCACACAGGCUCUCAAAGAUCGCCGGAACAACUUCUUGCGUCGCACCAAAGCGACCGCUCCACCAGACACCACAGACACAGAAACUGAGACCACAGACAAUGUAGAGACCACCACGAGCAUAAGCAAGUUCACCAGGCGCGGCGGUUCCAAAUUCAAGACCCGGAAGGAGACCGAAAAGGCGCGAAUUGAGAAACCGGCGAAGAGUAAUCGGACCGACGAGCGGCGACCGACCGCUUCGAGGACCAGUGAGCGACCGACGCGAACGUUCGUGCGGAGAAGGCCUGGUGGGGCGAACUCAUCAACCACGACACCACUGCCUUCUUCAUCUUCCACCUCAGCCGGGCUGACGCGCCGUCCCUUCCGCGUGGCCAGUCGCCGAAGACCAGCCUCUAGUACCACCACCACCACCACUACGGAAGCCACCACCAGCACCGACUCCACAGCGGGACUGGGCAGCGAGGAGUCGCUGCAGGAGAUUGAGGAUACAGAUAUCAUUGAAGACCCAACCCUCGAGCCUCGCCCGGCCACCCAAAAGAAGACCUUCAAAGUCCAGCGGCGUCCUCUAGUCAACCUUAAAGACACCGCCAGCGACCAGAACCCCUCAGCCACCAAUGAGGACGAGACCAAACGCCAGAGCAAGAAGUACAGCGCCAGCUUCAAACAGAACCAGCUGGAUGAGAAGUUGAGGCUGCUUGCUAAGAGCCAGGAGAGUGGAGAGACUACGGAAGGAAAGGGAACUACUAUUGAUGCAUUCAACGCAGAAACAGCAGUAGCCAUCGCAGCGCACCAGCUCCUCGCGGCGCCUAUACCAAGCAUCCCAGUCUUCGAAGAGGACACCAACCCCACGAAGAAAUCGCCCAUCACCUCAACGCAACAAUACUACACCAGCUCGGAAACUGAGCCGUACACUGACAGCAGAAAGACGGAAACGGAACCAUACACUGGAGGCAGAAAGACAGAAACGGAGCCGUAUACUGACAGCAGAAAGACGGUCUACUUCGACGAGUAUACCAGCACCCCAAUUUACCAAACGCCAGCGUCUACUCAAGACUACAUAGCUACUGGGCAGGUCUUCACUGGUCUCUCAGAAAACUUAGACGUCCCAAGAGUUCCGCCUACUACCACUUACAUUCCAAAAUCCACCUUCAGGUCCAGUACUUUCCCCGUCAAAGAUGUAAGCCCUUCUGCUGUCCCUACGCCGACAAUCAUCAACCCUGGCCUGACAGGUGUAUCUCCAACGAACUCCUUAAGACGUGUGCCUCCAACUAAUCCUGGACUAUCAAGUCUACCACCUCCUAUAGUCUCAUCGUCACCCAGAUUUGCAUCAACCACUCGAGGGUCUUCAACUCCUAGAUAUGUAUCGUCCAGUGAGAAGCUGAUCCCUGUUCCUGUAGAAGACUACGCGUUCUCGACGGGAGAAUACACUGGAGUGAGCCCGGAGCCAGCUUAUUUCACAAGGGAAUACUUACUGGAGUCCCCUGUUACCAAGACCUAUGAUGACGAAUACCAAUACCUAUCACCUGUCACGACCCCACAAACAUCCACGCGCAAAGUCCUCCGCAAGAAGCUUCAAAGAAAAAUCUCCACCACCAUCAGGCCCACCACGCCAACUUAUGAAGCCCCGGUGACGACCCCCAAGCCUGCGGUCCGAAGGGGGCAGGUCAGGGCGAAGCCUUUUGAGAAAAUCAAGCCAGUAGAGCCUAAGAGGACCUACAGGCCGAUUGAGAAUUAUGACUACUAUGAUGACGGGGAAGAGAAGGUGGCGGAGAAAUAUAUCGAAGGAGCUAAAGUGGUUCUGCAUGGAAAAGGUACAAUCGAGUGCCUAGACAUCGGCAACUUCCCGCAUCCAACGUCCUGCAAGAAGUUCAUCUCGUGUUCCCGGCAGGAGACGGGCAACCUUAUCGGCUGGGCGUACAUCUGUCCCAAGGGGCUCAGCUUCGACCCCGUGGGGGGCAUUUGUAACUGGUCGGCGGGGCUUGGCUGCGACGAGAAGGACGUUUAAGUGAUCCUCUUUAAAGGCGCCUUGAAAUUUGCGUGAUUGUAAUGGAAGUGAAGCUGCAAAAAUUAUAGAAAUUGUUUAAAAACUACUAGUGGUGCGGUAAGCGCGCCAUAGUGGCGCCACUGUAGCUAUUCCUCACGCCUCUAAUUUGAAGGUGUCUUUUUGAUUUGAGCCACCUAAAUGACAUAUUGAAUCCAUAGACAGCAGAUUAGAUACAAUAACCAGCCAAAGGUCAAACAAUCGUUGGCUUCUGAGGAGGGUAGUUGAACGGAAAGCAUGGUCAUUCACAGUUCUUAAUCUCGGUUUUAGUGAUUUAAUACAUUGAAAUCGUUCGCACAUCGAGUGUCAAGCGACUUGUCACGUGGACAACUUGCUUUAGACCCGAUGGCGUAUUCAAGCUCAGUAACUUCAUCUCUACAGAAUCCACAUAGACUUGUCCACAUAGAAAUGUCAUUUAAGUGGCUCUUAUUGGAUUUAUUUAUAUUUAUGUAGCUGGCACGGAUAGUUUCCAAGUAUAGAAAGUGUAAUUUAUGGGGCUACUGGCGAAUGAGGUCCUGUUGCUCGCCAAUGCAUUGCAAUGGCGACAACUGAUGAGCGUAAAUACAAUAGUGAACAUUAAUUUUAUUCACAUAAAGUGACCGUAUUAUUCCAAAUUUCACCCUACUCAUCCGUGCCAGCCUAAAUGAAUCAUUAAUAUGGUUCACAAUGUUUAGCCAUUAGCCCAUGAUACAUACUGAACUAGUGGAAUGUUAAUAAAAAUUAUGAAUUUGGCCCUACCGUUUAAGACCAAACUAGGUAAAUCUCAUCUACUAGUUCAGUAGACAUUAUAACAUUCAUUACAGUUUACAGAUCAGUCAGUAUCAGCUGAUGGCCAAAUAAAAUGGCUCCAACAAGAGCCUCUUUUAAUGGUUGGCCCAUUUAUAGAGAUUUUUCAUGAAUGAUGCGUAGUAACAUGCGUUACCACAAUCCCAUAAAUCUUUAUAUACUUAUGGAGUGAACAAAUGGACUGUAUCCUGUUAACGACGUUGAAGACGUAGGAAAUCUAAUUCGCAUAUUUAAGCUUUGGGAGAGUUCCGUAUUAGUUUGGUGUGAAAAUCCCAAAUAAUCUGGGUCAAAAUAAUUUCUAUUUACUAAUUUUAUUUAUUGAACAAAAACACUUUAAUUGAAAUAAAUAAAGUCUUUGCUUUCAACAAUAUAAAAAAGUACUUAUAAAAUGCACGCUAGUUUUCUGAAUUUUUUAAACCACUAUUUAUUAAUAUACGUUUUAUACUGUGUGAUAAAGUGGGUUUUGACUGAUAUAAAACAUAUUUAUAAUAAGGUGCAAGAUAAAAAUGAUUUUGUACAUUACUUAUUUUAUUUUACUUGUAUUUGUUGCACUGGACAAUCUUAAUACUUAGUUUAGUUACGUUUCUGUAGUAAAAUUGUAUAUUCUAAGUCAAAAUAAUAUUUUACCUAUUGAAAUCGGUCACUGCCAAAUGUAUAAUCUAUCUUUUUAUACACUUUUUGUAAGUUUUACUUUUGUAUAUCGUUACUUUCCUCGACUUUCAGUAUCUUUUUUUCCUUUUUCCAAUAACAAUAUUGUUACCUAAUUAUUAUUUAAGUCGAGUAACGAAAAAGGAAACUUAUUUCAAAAUGUGCCUUAAUUAUUUUACAAUCGUUAGUUUAUAAGAUUUAUGUGAAAUUAUUUUUAAGAAAUAAAAAAUAAAUAAAUA